CACACUUGCGACCAGCGUUACCAGAUCCAAAAGCAAUCAAUAGGGCAAAAGCAAAUACAUCAGAACCGAAAAUAUAUAGCAAUAUAUAGAGAGAUAUAAUGGCGGCGCCGAUGCAACACGAGGAUCUGUUGAAGCUGAAGAGCUUUAUAGAGUUUGUGGACUCGAAUCCCACGGUUUUGAACAUGCCGCAGCUGCAGUUCGUGAAGGAUUUUGUGGAGAAGUUCGGGGGAACGGUGCCGGCUGGCGAUUUCAAGAUGCCCGACGCCUCCGCCGGAGGGAAGUGCCCAUUUGGUGGCGAUGCAGGUGCAAAGGCCAAGAAGCCGGCUUCUGGAACCGCCGAUCCCACCGAGAAGUCCCCUGAAGACAGCGAGGACGAGGAGUCCCUUUCCGAACCCGAGUCGGACGUAGAGCUGGACAUGGAGGGAGUGAUCGAAGCGGACAGCGAUCCCGCCCAGCCCAUGGGCGACUCCGCCAAGGAGCCCACCGAAGAGGAGGUCGACCAGGCGGGCGAUCUGCGUGCCCAGGCCGCAUCCGCCUACGGCCAGCAGAAGUUCGACGAGGCCAUCGCCCUGUACACCAAGGCCAUCGAACUGAAUCCGGGCAAUGCCCUGUUCCACGCCAAACGUGGCCAGGCCUUCCUCAAGCUGAAGAAGCCGAAUGCCUGCAUCCGGGAUUGCGACAAGGCGCUGGAACUCAACUGCGAUUCGGCGGCCGCCUACAAGUUUAGGGGCCGUGCCCGUCGCCUCCUCGGUGACUUUGAACUGGCCGCCAAGGAUCUGCGACAGGCGUGCAAGCUCGACUUCGACGAGGAGACCGACGAGUGGCUCAAGGAGGUGACCCCGAAUGCCAAGAAGAUCGAGCAGCAUCGCGUCAAGCAGGAGCGCCGCCAGGCCGAGCGCAAGAUCAAGGAGCGCCAGCGGGCUCAAAGGCGCGCCCGCAAGGAGCAGGCCAAGCAGAGCGCCAGUUCCGGAGGCGGUUCAUCUGGAGGAUUCCCCGGCGGAUUCCCUGGUGGCUUCCCAGGCGGAUUCCCCGGUGGAUUCCCUGGUGGAUUCCCCGGCGCAGCUGGCGGCGGAGGCGGUGGCAUGCCGGGCAUGCCUGGCGGCGUCGAUAUGGCCGAUCUGAUGGGCGCCAUGAAGGACCCCGAGGUGGCCGCCGCUAUGCAGGACAUCCUUGGCAAUCCGGCCAACAUCACGAAGUACGCGUCCAACCCAAAGAUCUUCAACCUGAUCAAGAAGUUCGUGCCCGGAGGAGAUUUGGGAGCUGCUUUUGCCCAAGCAGAGGAGAAAUCGGGAGAGCCGAGCGAGCCAAAAACCAAGAAGGGAUCCGCCGACUUCGUGGAUGAUGGCUUGGAUUAGGGAUCGGGACUCAAUAAGAAACAUAAAACACGCGGCGAUGAAAAUAAGUUAACAAACCACACACACGAAAUAGAGCGAGAUGAAAAAUCGGGAAACAGAGAGAGAGAAAUAGAGGAGGUUAAAGAAAGACACUAGGAAAAGAGGAAAGCUGCUGCCUUACACAUUUUCCAGCUCAGAAAUAACUUGAACAUUUCCCUACGCUUUAUCUUAAAUCACAUACAAAAGGAAAGGUCAGCAGAGCCGAAAAUAAAUAUAAAUAAAAGAAAAACUAUACACACGCGCAGUCAGAAGAAUAAGUAACUUUUAUUCAAAAUGGCAGAUGAGAACAUAAGAAAAUAAAGUAGAUGGAAGUGGCUCAACCCAUCUUUGAACAGCUUUUUAUUGGCCAUAAAAGAAGAAAAUACAACUAAAAGCUAAAAUACUUUAAACAGCUAUUUCCAAUUUCCACAUAAAAAGGAUUCACACAUGCCUACGCCAUUAUCAGUUCACAAAAAGAUCAGAAUGUGUCCUGUAAAGAAAAUAACUAUGAAUGUUUCCUUACUAACAUUUAAACGUCAAGUCAUUGUCAAGUCUGUCGAUCGAUCUAGUUGAACUAAAGCUCGAUAAGAUACCAAAACAAAAAGAAAUGAAAAUAUAUUAAAUAAUUAGCCUUAAUUAACGAUACUCGGAGACAUCAGAUAACAGCCCGAAACAUGGAAUAACAAAAACUAAUCACACCAUUUUGUCAAACAAAAUUGUACUGAGUAGGAUUUGAAUAAUAUUGUACUAAGCAAAUGCAUUUAGCCACUCGAAAAGAAAACAUUCGCCCACUCAUAUUCAUAAACACAUACAUGCAUAUGUCGAACAUUCAUUCAACCGUGAUCAAUGGAAUUAAAUAAACGAGAAUCCGAAGUGCUAA